CCGGCGUCACAUUGUGUAAUAUUUUCCAGCUAUGUGUGGAGGAACAUGGCGAUACCGUGGAGGCACUGUUGGAGGUGGACUAUAGGCGCUACGAGUACAAGUGUACUAGAAACCAUAUGCGGUUUUAAUGGAAGGUCUGCUACGUUUGCUGCUUCGUCUUUCCGAGGAACAGGGGCCGGCACUGGCUCGGGAAAGGAGGGACUGUCCUCCAGGCCUGUAGACACAACCUCAAUAGGCAACUAUAUAUUGACAAGUAGGCACAAAUCAAGGUUGCUUUACCCCACACCAAAGCCUUGCUGCAGCAAAGGGAUACACAGUGAUGCCAAGCUGAAGGACCCGUUCUCACUAGCCCAAAAAGACUUGAAUCAUUUGUAUGAUGAUAUUAAAAAGGAGCUUUUUGUGUCCAAAUCAGAGCUGAAGUCCUUAUGUGACUACUACUUUGACGGGAAGGGCAAGGCCUUCCGACCAAUGAUAGUGGUGCUGAUGGCCCGGGCCUGCAAUAUUCACAGCAACAGAGACGGAGAUCUGCUCCCAGGUCAGCGGUCCAUAGCUAUGAUCUCUGAAAUGAUCCACACUGCCAGCCUGGUCCACGAUGAUGUCAUCGACGGCUCGAACAAGCGGAGGGGGAUGACUACCAUCAACGAAGUGUGGGGGGAGAGAAAGGCCAUUUUAGCUGGAGAUUUCAUCCUCUCGGCAGCCUCCAUGGCUCUGGCCCGUAUCGGCAACAACACAGUGGUGUCAGUGUUGUCUCAGGUCAUAGAGGAUCUGGUGCGAGGGGAAUUCAUGCAGCUGGGCUCCAAGGAGAACGAGAGCGAGAGAUUCAAGCACUACCUCGAGAAGACCUUCAAGAAGACUGCCAGUCUUAUAGCAAACAGUUGUAAAGCAGUAUCUAUUCUGGUGAACUCGGAUCCAGAGGUACAGGAAAUAGCCUUUCAGUACGGGAGGAACGUAGGCAUCGCCUUUCAGCUGGUGGAUGAUGUGCUGGACUUCACAGCAUGCGCCAGCCAGCUAGGAAAGCCUUCGGCUACAGACCUUAAGCUGGGCCUGGCCACCGGACCAGUCUUAUUUGCCUGUCAACAGUUUCCUGAGCUGCAUGCUAUGAUUAUGAGGCGGUUCAGCACCACUGGAGACGUGGCUCGGGCCUGGCAGUAUGUUCUGGAGAGUGAUGGUGUGGAUCAGACCAACUACCUGGCCCAGAGCUACUGCCGGGAGGCCAUCCGGCAGAUCAGCCUGCUCAGGCCCUCCCUGGAACGGGACGCCCUCAUCAGGCUCACUGAGAUGGUCCUCACCCGCGACAAGUGAGCUCCCACCCCCAGGCUUCACUUCAGGCAGCUACCUGUUCUGUGGAAGCCCCCCCCCAUGGAGGGUUAGAUGCCAGGAUGAUGAUGAUGAUGAGGAGGGAAGGUGGUUAAUGUUUCAUCAGUGAUAUUCCCAGUGGGUCCUGAUGGAGCACUGUUUAUGCAGCUUUUUGUACAUAACUAAGUUAAAGGUGGAACUAAACGGUGCAUACACAGGUUCUUCAGGACUGACUUUUGAGUGAGAUGCACUGCUUCACAUUACCCAUGGCUUCUUUCUCCCCUCUGGAAAACCCUUAGGUCCUCACAGAAAAGAGUGAUAUGUUAUUGGCACCAGUGGUUUUUAAUGCUAGUCCUGUAGGACCCCUGCAUCUACAGGUUUUUGAACCCCCCCCCCCCCCCACCUAUUCUUCAAUUGAACUUCAACAAAGCGUUCAAAUAGCACGUCAUGAGGCAUGAACACAGACCUAUAUGCACAGGGACCCUCCAGGAUCAUUGUUGAAACAUGAUUUUCAGUGUAUACAGUACUGUAAAUGCAGCCACCGCCCUACCUCCAACCGGCAAGACUGUAUUUGGUCAUCAAAGGCGGUUGUUAUUACACGUGAGGCUUGGGGCGGGAUGGACCCUGCAGAAUCACUCCAAGAUGGAGUAUCAUUAUUGUGUGUGUGGAUCUGUAUUAAGGAGUUGCUCGAAGAUCCGCCCGCAGUCCGCACCGUAACGGCCAAAUGUCAAACGUUUGUCAGGGUGACUCUUGUCAAUUGGAGAAUGUUAUAUUGUAGGUAUUUCCUGUCACAAGUGAUUAAAGGUCCCAAACAGUCAUUCUGAUUCCCAUGUAACGUAGCCUUUUGAGUGACUAAAACAUCACCCACAAUAUUUUUAAGUUUGAGAAAUAUAUACACUGCUCAAAAAAAUAAAGGGAACACUUAAACAACACAAUGUCAAUCACACUGUCCACUUAGGAAGCAACACUGAUUGACAAAUGUCACAUGAUGUUGUGCAAAUGGAAUAGACAAAAGGUGGAAAUUAUAGGCAAUUAGCAAGACACCCCCAAUAAAGGAGUGGUUCUGCAGGUGAUCACAGACCACUUCUCAGUUCCUAUGCUUCCUGGCUGAUGUUUUGGUCACUUUUGAAUGCUGGCGGUGCUUUCACUCUAGUGGUAGCAUGAGACGGAGUCUACAACCCACACAAGUGGCUCAGGUAGUGCAGCUCAUCCAGGAUGGCACAUCAAUGCGAGCUGUGGCAAGAAGGUUUGCUGUGUCUGUCAGCCUAGUGUCCAGAGCAUGGAGGCGCUACCAGGAGACAGGCCAGUACAUCAGGAGACGUGGAGGAGGCCGUAGGAGGGCAACAACCCAGCAGCAGGACCGCUACCUCCGCCUUUGUGCAAGGAGGAGCACUGCCAGAGCCCUGCAAAAUGACCUCCAGCAGGCCACAAAUGUGCAUUGUCAAUCAGUGUUGCUUCCUAAGUGGACAGUGUGAUUGACAUUGUGUUGUUUAAAUGUUCCCUUUAUUUUUUUGAGCAGUGUAUUUUUUUCUCUCAUGUCAAACUACCGGGAAGUCCGAAAAUAUUGAGUCAGUGGGCGGGGAGCUAGUAGGCUGAGUGGGCGGGGAGCUGACCUUGACAGGCGUUCCCAAGAACCGCCUAUGUCAAGCAACAUUGAUGCAGUGUUAGUGAGAUUAUCUCAAGCAAAUUUGCUGAAACACAAACAACAUCCAAUCCUGUCAUAUAUCAAAUCAUGGUUUCACUAAUUGUUUGGUUAUUGUAACUAUCAAUGUAGACAAAAUGUUGGCUAUAUAAUUUAGUGAGCUAGCCCAAAUGGAAUUGUCAGCACUGUUUAUCACGCUAGCUAGCUGGUUCACCUUGGACAAUUUCAGUUGGGCUUUUUAUUUAUUUGUGUUUACAAAACAUUAGGAACUACCUUCCUAAUAUUGAGUUGCAACCCCUUUUUGCCCGCAGAACAGCCUCAAUUUGUCAAAAGAGUUACACGGGGAUGUUGACUCUAAUGAUUCCCACAGUUUUGUCAAGUUGACUGGAUGUCCUUUGGGUGGUGGAACAUUCUUGAUACACACGGGUAACUGUUUGAGUGUGAAAACCCCAGCAGAGUUGCAGUUCUUGACACACUCAAACCGCUGUGCCUGGCACCUACUACCACACCCCGUUCAAAGGCACAUACAUUUUUGUCUUGCCCAUUCACCCUCUGAAUGGCACACACACACAAUCCAUGUCUUGAGGUUUAAAAAGAUUUCUUUAACCGGUCUCCUCCCCUUCACCUACACUGAUUUGAAGUGGAUUUAACAGGUGACAUCAAUAAGGGAUCAUAGUUUUCGCCUGGUCAGUUUGUCAAGGAAAGAGGUGAUCAUAAUGUCAAGAAGUUAUUCAUUUUUGUUUGACAUGUGUCUUAAUGUAAUGACAUGAACACUGCGUCUGAGGUGUGGGCAACCCAUCCUGGCUAAAGACAUAACUAGCUAUCACCCAGACACUUAAAUAGAGGAAACCUCUAAUUCUAUUUGGUGACACGCUGCAGUCACAUUCUUGCGCCAGUGGGCUAGCUAGCGGUACUUACUUAAAUUAGGUAUAAGAUGGUGGUGUAUUAAAAUGAGGCUUUUUGUGAUAUCACAAAUCCCUUAAUAAUCCUGCCUCUUAGUGUUUGACAUGGGGGAGAGCACCAGUAACUUUCUGAUCAAUGUAGAAGCAACAUCCAUUUGUCCUACUUUGAUCUGGAUUCAUGAAAAACUGAUUUUUCACUGUUCGGGACUUUUAAUAAACCCAGGCCUUAACAUCCACACUGACUGUGUACUCGCAUUAAAAGUUAUUUUUUAAAGUCAA